AUGAACUGGAGCAGCGAAGAGCUUGCAUUGUUGGAAUAUCCUCCUCUACUUCGGCAGAUCGACAAGCAACAGGCAGAAAUCUCUGCCGCUUUUCUUGAAGCUUCAAAGGGAUGCAAGAUCUCCUUCACUCAGGCAGAAUUCACGUGGGCGGUGCAACUGGUGCGAAGCCGAGCCUUCACAGGGCCAUAUGAGGGCCGUGGACCCCAGGACCGUGCAGCGCAGUUGGCUUUCAUCAGCGUUCUGCUGGUGCUGAGCGUGGGUGGCGGUUUUGUGUCAUUGGAGAAUGGCCUCAACGGUGCAUUGGCAGCUGCAUUGGCCAUUCCUUUGACAGACUUCUUAGUGGGACAGACUUCCACAUUGAAGCGACAUGUCUUGUGUCCUGUCGUGGACUACCUGAACCACGACAGUUCAGCCAUCUCCGAUAUUGCCUACGAGUACUUUGCCAAUGAGUUCGCAGUGCGUGUCAAUGGGAGUUUCAAGGAAGGGGAAGAGGUUUGCAUCAACUAUGGAGAACAACGCAGCAAUGACAGCCUCCUGCAGUUCUAUGGUUUUGUGGAAAGGGAUAACGCCAACGACACGUACACUAUGGACAUUCUCAAACACUUGGAUGUGGCCAAAGGAGAAGUCUUAGAGGUGAUUUUGACAAGAACAGGUCCACGCGAUGAGUCCAUGACCAGGCUCUUGACGGCUCUUGGUGGAGAUGGCGAUGAGGAAGAAGCAAUGGCCUGGCAGGCAGUGGCUAUGGCAUGCGAAGCUGAGUUGCAAGAACGGACCGCUGGCGCCGCCUACGAAGCUGAGCAAGGAGCAGGGCCUCGUGCCCUCGCUGCACGAUUUGCAGCCGAGAAGGAGAAGGUGCUUAUUGCAUGCCGUGCGCAUGCGCAGUCUAGGUGCCCAGUGCGAGAUACUUUGGCGGAGAUUCCAUUGCCCGGGCCUCUAGGGCCUUCAGCAAGUCUGCAGCCGCAGGCGUUAGCAUCUCGCCACUGUUUUGCGGCUGGCCAUGGAUCUCUAUUGAGCAUCAGUGGAGGAAGUCUUUUUGAGACCAACUUAGAGGGACAUCAGCAACUUCAAUUGGGCCCUCGGCCUCGGCCAUUGACAUGUUUGGCAAACUCCCCCUGUGGCAAGUGGUGGGCCAUGGGCGAGUCCUGCUUUGGCGGCCGCUCUGGGCAGGUCAUCAUCAUGAGCAGUGAGAAAGAAGUCGCUGCUUCACUGCCGGUGGGAGUUCGGCGCUCAGCACGACACGUGUGCUGGGCUGCAAAUGGAGAGCUCGUAGCAGCAAUCGUCGAGUUUGAGUCGGAGCAGGUGGUGGCAGCAGAUCAGCAACUGAUGGUUUGGUCCUGGCCAUCAGGGGAGCGUUUGGCAAGCUCCAGCUGCGGCCGUGGCACACAGGACGUAGCCGGGUCACCAGAUGGUGCUGUUCUGCUGACAGUGGGGCCAGCUGGAGCCAAGCUCUGGCUAUUGGCAUUGCUGUUGGUUGCUUCAACUGUAGAGAGCAAUGGGGCAAAAUCCAACUGUUCCAAUGCUGGCCUCACUUUAGUUCAGAAGCGCCAAGUCAGUUCAAAGCUGCACCCCGAAGUUAAAGGAGUCGCAACGGUUUUGGCUGGCAAGGCCGUUCGCUUUCGAUCCUGGGAUGGGAAGUUCCUGCAUUGCCACAGCGGGAGAGUUUCAGUCUCCGACGUUGGCUCUGAGUUUGUUCUACAAAAGCACGGAUCAGCUGCCUUGUAUUCGGGUGACUCAGUGACUUUGGCAUGCGCUGGCCGCCGACUUUCAAUCCUUCAGGAUCAAAUUCAGGUGGGUUCCCCUGCACAGAUAGGAGAUGCAUUCAUUUUGCAGAAGCAACAAGGAGAUGGCUUGCUGCAAGAGAAUGAUGCAAUCUAUUUGCUCAGUACAAAAGACCUCCAGGCCUUGAAAGUUGAAGGUAACGAGCUCAAACUUAGGCUAGCCGAGAAUGAUCAAGGCGAGGCCUUUGUGGUAGAAGGACUCACAGGUCCCAGGAAUCGUUGGGUGGUUGUACCAGACCCUGACGGCUUUUGUGAUGCGACUCUCAGGUGUCACAGGAGAUUGAAGGUCAGUUGUACUACGCCAAACGGAACAGAACUGAACUUUCAAGAUUGUGAUCACGAGCAUCGCCCUUGGAGCUACGAGCCAUGCUUCAAGUCACCUAUGGGUGCCUGCAUUGAUGUAGCUCAGUCCGAUUGUACCGAUAUUCCUGGAUCUUGGUGGAACCCUGAUGGAAAGACUUGCCAAGAGUAUGCAGCACCAGAUUGCCGUCACAAUGAGAUGGUGCGCAGUGCCUGUGGUCAGACUUGCAAUGGCAAUGGCUGCAACCCAAAGAAAACAUUGCCAGUCCAGGCCAGCGCAGCGAGCGCAAGCUUCGGCAUGUUGCCGUUGCGCCUGGUGGGCCGUGCAUUGCCUGCGCUGCCCGGACCGAAGACAUUGAACGCUCCUGGCCUUCGUCGACGGCCUGAGGAUGCCCUGGUAGCCGUGGCUUGGGGCUUGGAGAGCUGCCUCUUCCUUGCAACCCGCCAGGGUGGUUUGGGCCUCACUUCCUGCGACUCACAGCAGAAAGCGCCCAUUUGGCGCGACAUGGGUCGGCGCGCUUUCUCUCUGGCGUGGUGUCGAGGCUUUGCUGGACAACCGGAGCGUGCUGCAGGCAUGUUGGCAUGUGGCCUCAGUGGUCGGGUUGACAUCUUGGAUGCCGCUGAUAUGCGCGUGGUGGCAAUCCGUGGCGUGCUUCUCAAGUGGCCAGGUUUGAUCGUGGAGAUACUAGUGCGAUUACCUACGCUACUAGGGAGCAGCUUGCGAGAGAACCUCCAUCCGAUUCUGCUCGCCGACCUAUUCCUCCUGAAGGACCGCCUCCUGAAGCUCCUCAAGGACCACCUCCUGGAACAUCUGAGCCUGGUUCUUGGCGUUGGGUUUGGGUUCCUGAUCGACCAGACGUUCGAGACAGAGAUCAACCUUCGUCCCGCGCAGAGCGCGAAAGUGUAG